AUGAAGCAUCAAAUAGACGCUCCGGCUCAACAACCUCCGAAAAAAUGUAGACGUAUAGACGACGAAGCAAUAGGCAAUCGCUAUGUUUCCAAGCUGUACUCGCUAUUCGAUUUGUCAGCGAUGUGUGUGGCCUCUCACCUUCCGUUUGAAUAUGUCGAAAAUACCCUCGUUAAUAUACCCGAUCCUGUCCAGGAACGGAUAUUAUAUUACUCGUUUCCUCGAGACAAUUCAGAUAUCAAGACCUACUCGUCUUUCACCAACUGUGGAAAGCUGACAGCUGACAAAUCUCCCUACGGCAUAGGCGAGCACCUUUUCCUCACUAAUUGUGUCGAUAAUGUUAUCCAAAUCGGCGUGGUCAAGACUAACGUCGGCGCCUGUAUGCCUCCAGAAUGCAAAUCCGUCAAGGUGUCUAUGACUUUUGACAGGUACUUGGCAUUUCCCUAA